GCGUUGAGUUUUUGGUUAUGUGGCUGGUUUAGUGAAGACGUAGUUAAAUUACUGUUUCCUUAUCCCCCUACCGAGUUCUCAUUGGUUGGAUUCUGCGGCACUCCCUCAACAAAGCGGGUUUCUUCACGUUUGAAAAGGACGGGCUGUGAACUCACUUUCAGAGUGUUGGUAGAAACAGAGUGUCACACGUACGGAUUAUUGUGAAUCGUUAGACACUGUUUAUUCAGGAUAAAUUUCUAAGAAGCAUGUACCGCAACUACGGGAACUUGAUGGAUGAAACUGUAACGAACUCCGGAACCCUGGGUUCGUGCAGUUCUGCCCAGCAAUCACAGAGGAAGUUUUUUGGGGGAAGAGACACCCAGUUUGUUCCCAACCUGGACACCGUCACCUCCAGGCAGGAUCUGCACUGGCUGGUUCAGCCCUUGCUUGCGCCCACCGCUGGCACAGCCGGACCACCCCACCCCCCCUUUCCCCCACCCAGGGGGCCCCACCCCCUGCCAUCAAACCCCUCCCAGGCGCACCUGGUUCGGCCAGGGGUCAUAAGGGCGGUCGGAGGGGCGCAAGUGGUGACGACAGCGAGGAGGAGAAAUGAUGAAUUUCUGUCCCCGGAGGAUUUGGAGAAGCGGAAACUUCGCAGGGAGCGGAACAAGAUAGCUGCCGCCCGGUGCCGGAACCGGCGGCGUGAGCUGACGGAGAGCCUACAGAAGGAGACAGAGGAGCUGGAGGCCGAUAAAGCUCGCCUACAGAAGGAAAUAGCCAAUCUGCAGAAAGAGAAGGAGAGGCUGCAGCUGGUUCUGGAGGCCCACCGGCCCAUUUGCAAGAUCCUGGACUCGGACUCGGACUCUGAAACCUGCUCAGCGCUCUUCCCUGUGCGGGUGGCCGAUUCCGAUCUGCCUGGCCCUUUGUCGCGGACCGAGAAACCCAAGCCGAAAAUCACCCUCCCACCAGCAACGUUGGCCCCCACUGUUUCCACCGCCCCCUCUGGCCCACCGGAUUCUGAGUCCCUGCACACCCCGAUCUUCAUCUGCACGCCCUCCCUGACCCCCUUCACCACCAGCCUGGUCUUCACCUACCCCUCCGCUCCCCUGGACGCUGGCGACGCAGCCGGCCCCUCCCACCAUCAGGGCUCGCCUGCCUCCUCUCCGCUUGGUAUGGCCCAGCAGCCCCAGUGCCCCCAGCCGUGUGGUGUUGCCCAUCGCCGUAGCAGCAGCAGCGGAGACCAAUCAGAUCGCUCCCUCAGCUCUCCCACUGUGCUCAUGCUGUGACGGUGUCUGUGGCAUCAGACAGCACACAGCACGCUAAGACUACAAACCCCACAAAGACAGACACAAGAACAGACAAUGGUGAUCUGUCAUUUAAUACAGCUGAUCAGUGAAGAGGUUUCUAGGAUGCGAAACGUGCAGCGCUCAUGCAUUGAUUCAGGAGAACACCAGACAGGGGCUUUCCAAUGACUCAUGUACACAUAAUCACUUCCCAGCAAAAACUAACAUCCAUUUACCUAAACAGGAUGUUUCAUUCUUAUUACAAAGAAACACCCAGCGGUGGCUUACCGUAUGUUUUGUCAUGGCCAUUUCAAAUCCUGUGUGUUGCAUAUUUAAUUCUAAAUUUGUAAUGUUACCUGCCUUCAUUGGUCAAAUUGAGUGACUUCCAGAGGACCUAGCCGCUAGCCACGUAGUUACCGACCGGAUAUUACAUUACAUUACAUGCAUUUAGCAGACAAUCUUACCCAGAGUGACAUCCAGCACAAUAGAACACAAGUGUAACCAUUCAGUUAACUGAAUAACAGUGUCAGACCAGGCUAGCAACACACAGACCAGUGAGUGUGAGCAUAACACCAUUCAAGCCCUACCAUAAAUUGACUUGUGCAACCUGACAGGGAACAGAAGCUAAGUACCCUAGAACAUAGAUUCCAAAACACAUCACAAUAUGACAUAUAAAAUAAGCAUCAAUCCUAGAGGUGGCAGGUGUUAGGGGUGGGGAUUGAGGUGAAACCAAGAUGCAGUCUGAAGAGGUGGAUCUUCAGUCUGCGACAGAAGAUGGCCAGGGAUUCCGCUGCCCUGACCUCCGUGGGAAGUUUAUUCCACUAUUGAGGGACCAGUACAGACAGGGAUCACGUCUGAGAUGAACUACCUUGUCAGGGCGGGAUAGUCAGUUGCCCUGUCUUGACAUAUUGGCUGCCUCCGCCUCCUGUCACUACCCUGCACUGAGAGCCAAUCCAAGGCUGUUUCUGACAAAGGGGCCUACAAACAAAAAAAGUGCACUCCCUCAGCUACAAGAGAAACAAACACACACAUAAACUAGGGCUGGGUAUUGGCACAGAUGCCCCGAUUCGAUUAGAUUCAGAUUCACAAGCUAACGAUUCGAUUAAAUCCGAUUUGACUCAGUUCCGUUUCGAUAUCGAUUCGAUAAGAAUGAGAUAUGAAAUACUAUAUAGCAGCUUUCCAUAUUUGGAGAGAUGUUUAAAAAGCUC